AUGGAUGGCGUCGUUGUGAAGCAGCAGCAAGGGCAAGUGAUCGAGCGCUUUGAGGCGCCGAUCACGGUGAAGGUGAUCCUAGAAGAGCUCCGGGAGAGUGGCUACAGGGGUCAUCUCAUUAGAGAAUCCACUCAGUUGAGGGUUCCGCCUCCGACAGUACUUGUUCCCGGAGAUGUUGUCGUCUUGGUUGAGAAGCGUCCUAGAGAGCCGUCGUGGUUUGAUGAGCAUGAUGGCCUCCCAUCGGCAUCCGCCUUUGCAAAGGACGUUGCCGAAAUGAAGAAGCAGCUGGGAAAACAUGAUCCUGUGUAUGACUUGGGUCGAAACUCUGCGCCGAUGCCAUUGGUCCUGGCACACGAAGCAUUCGCGGGAUAUGUGCAGGCUUUGGAUUCUCACCGUUUGGACGUCAAAGACUGGACGUUUGUUUCUCGGAUGAUGGCUAUGAGCGGCUACUUCGACCAGGACGUGGACCGACAAGCCGAACUACUGCAAUGCUGGAAGCUUUUCUUUGAGCAGAAUUGGCCUGGGAAGUUCAAGUUGACGUCGUCCAGAGAGCCAGAUAUACUGAUUCAAGCACUUGUUGGUGGUGAGUGGAUCACCGUGGGCAUUGUAGUAGUGAAAAAUGAAGUGGGGCUGGGAGGAGAGCCGUGCGUCGAGUCACUUAAGCAUUAUGGCUCGCAUGCCACAUCAAGGAUGCGUGACAUGCACUGGAGCUACUGGACGUCAUGUUUACCAGUGUUGAUUUUAGAAGUUGUUGGGCCAACGAUCAGAGUUGGAGGUGCCAUAUUUCAUGACAGCCCGGGAUACGAACCAUUCACUCCUUACCUUCAUAUGCUCAAGUUUCUCCAGGAUGACGAGUAUCUAACGAGGCUCGCAAGAGCUAUUGUGGCAUUCCCACCAGCUAUUGUGUCCAUUUCGGCGUUCUAUGCAGCUCUAGCGCCUAUGCAACCAACUCAAUCUUACUCAGAGCGAGCUGUUGAGGCUUGGUGGCCGAGUCUCUUAAUUGCAGAAAAGCAGAGGCAUCCUGGGCUUGAAGUGUCUCAGUUUACGAGGCAAGUAUAUCAGAGGACAGAGAAGCGGCUCAUUUUUCUACUGAAAUAUUCAACCGGCGAGGAACGCUUGAUGAAGUUUUCUCAGAGAUAUGGCGCGGAUGUGCACAAGGCCUGGAGUGAUGCUGGUUUUGCUCCUACAUUCACCAUUCAGACGUUGGUAAACGGAUGGAAGGCUAUCAGCAUGGAGUAUUACUCUCCCAACACUGGCUGGAUUCCAUUAAAUCGCCUGGAGCCUGGACCUGUCAACCGUGAGCACGCAUUGGAUCCGUCUUCAUGGGAAAAUUGCAGGCAGGCUGUGGUGAAAGCUUAUCAGAGCAUUCACGAGCUUUACCCUUAUCACGUUCAUGGGGACCUCCGGAAGCGAAACAUCCUGUUCAAUUUAAACAGCUUGAAGGUUGCAUUUGUGGACUUCGACUGGGCCGGCACUUCAGGGGAUGUUCGCUACCCAAUCUUUCUCAACCCAAACAUUAACUGGCCCCAAGGUGUUCAGGCUUGUCACCCUAUCCUUCCAGUUCAUGACAAGGAGCUGCUCAAAUUAGACUUGAACCUGGAACUCAAUCUCUGGACGCCGUUGGAGCGCUUGAAGCCAUGCCAACGGCCCUCCGGACAUGGGGGGGUUCACUGCUCAGGCUGA